UUUGUAUUGGCUCGCAGUGCUCGAGCGGAGGAGCAGGAAGAAGCGAAGGCGCCAUCUUAGGUCCGAGACGUGUUUGUGUGUCCUUAGCGUGUUCGGAAGUGCGUUUUGUCAGUUUAACUCUGAAUAUGUCCAGCGGUGGAGUGAUCCGAGGUCCUGCAGGAAACAACGACUGCCGGAUCUACGUGGGGAAUCUGCCUCCCGACAUUCGCACCAAAGACGUCGAAGACGUGUUUUACAAAUAUGGAGCAAUCCGAGAUAUUGACCUGAAAAACCGAAGAGGAGGACCGCCUUUCGCGUUUGUUGAAUUUGAGGACCCAAGAGACGCAGAAGAUGCCGUGUACGGAAGAGAUGGCUAUGACUACGAUGGCUAUCGUUUGCGAGUGGAGUUCCCCAGGAGUGGGAGAGGUGGGGGAAGAGGUGGAGCAGGAGGUGGAGCAGGGGCUCCCAGAGGCAGAUACGGCCCUCCAUCCCGGCGCUCCGAGUACAGGGUCAUAGUUUCAGGGCUCCCUCCUAGCGGAAGCUGGCAGGACCUAAAGGAUCACAUGCGUGAAGCAGGUGAUGUAUGUUAUGCUGAUGUUUUCCGAGAUGGCACCGGUGUUGUGGAGUUUGUGCGCAAGGAAGACAUGACCUACGCGGUGCGAAAGCUGGAUAACACUAAGUUCCGGUCCCACGAGGGUGAGACAGCUUACAUCCGUGUAAAGGUGGACGGCCCACGAAGCCCGAGCUACGGGCGGUCACGCUCUCGUAGUCGCAGCAGAAGCCGGAGCAGGAGCAACAGCCGUAGCCGCAGCUACUCCCCACGUCGCAGCAGAGGAUCUCCGCGUUACUCGCCUCGCCACAGCCGCUCUCGCUCCCGUACUUAAGCUCCCACAAAACAAGCUAGCUAUCCGACCACAGCCGCACGCCCUACGUCGCCCUCUGCUGGACCCACGCUUGUACUUCAUCUCCCUCUUGACUUGUCUCUCGACUCUUUUUGGUUUGCAGCGGAAUUUCCACAAAAUGAGUCUUUUCAUUUUAAACAUUUAGCUAACGAGAUCAAAAUGAAAUGUAGCUAAGUGGAUGUUUUUUUUUUUUUUUCUUUUGUUUGUCUUCCUCAGUUAACAACAACAAAAAUAACAGACCUUUCCCUGUGUCUUAUCCUGUCUUAUCCUGUCCCUAUCCUCCCUUGUGUCUUUUGUUCAGCAUCCGUAUUUUAACUGGUGUUUCAUACCCCAUUGUUGGUACAUAUGACAGAAAAGGUAGAUAUACAAAUGCUAAAAUGUUUUUGAAGAAAUUGGCUUUUUUUUUCGGUAUAGGGGGUAAGUUGGGUUUUAAUUUUUGCUGGUUAGGAUUUUUGUUGCAAAACUGUUCUAUUUUUACCUUUUCAUGUGUCUUUCUAUAGACAACAGAGGAACAGGAUUAAAGAAUGCUUUGGAAUAAAGGAUUGUCAAGAACAGUUCAUUCAUAUUAGGAUAAAGCGUUUUUGGAGGAGGAGGAGCAGGCAUUUCAAUUUUGCCAAUGGUAUGAUGACAAGUGUCUUUAGUCACCUUAAAACAAAUUGCAGGAUUUUUAUUUAAAAAAAAUUUUCUCCCCUCAGACUCUUAGUAAUCUAAAUUUUCUUAGUAAAGUAACACAUUUAUUUUUGCUUUGCCAUUUUAUUCUCCUUUUAUAGUUCCCUCUGCUUUUUAUUUGGUCUUUUUCCUUAUUGGCAUGCAUGUGUUUUGUCUUAAUGCCAUGCUCAUGAGUUGCGUACAUACAGUUUUUUCCCCCCCCUCCCUUUGUUUUAUUUUAUUUUUUUGUGUGAAACAUAAAACGUUGAUCAUUUAAAGUUGACCUGGACUGUGCCAUUAUAGAGCAACCACACAAACAUCUCAGGAGAUCAGGCUACUGAUGGAAGAAGGUUUGCCUUGUGUACUUGUACCAAUGUUAAUUUCAAAUCCACUAAAGAAAAUGCUGUUGGUGUGUGUGUGUGAGAGACAAUGGUUCAAUGUAAGAUAAACAUGACGUUUAAAGGCUUUUGUUAGAUCAUAUCAUACAUAUCGUUCAGGGUUCAUUAUUCUUUUGAAAGAGAAAAAAAUAUAUAUGCAUCGCUCCUGUGAUAAAUUCUUAGAUUUUUUUUUUUUGACAUAGCUGUGAUUCUAACUUGAUCCCUCUUUUUGAUUUUGCUGGUAUUUAAAGGUUUGGAUUGGAGGAGGGACACACUGUCUCCCGAUCCUUGGAGCCGGAUCAUUGGAUCAGUUCAGGAUCAGGAGCAGAUUUAGGAUUAGGAUAAGGAUGGAUACAUACAUGGAGCAGGAUCAAUUUACCGGGAGCGGGAACCGUAGGAGAGGAUCCCAACCCCCCCUCACCAAACCGCACUUAACCGGAGAUAACUUAUAAGCAGAAAACAUUUCAAUUGGCUUUUCUAGAACCAAAUUCUUCUUUUUUUUUUCCUUUUUUGUUUUUGCGGAACCAGACCAAAGAGGCGCACACUGAAGGGAUCCUGCGGUUGUUUUUUCUUUUAUGAGAUGAGUUUUUGUGUUAAAGUGGAGCAGAGCCAGGAACCGCGAGGCCGGAUCAGUUGCUUUGGAUGGAAUCCACGUGAGGAGCUGGGUAAAUAGAGGGAUUUAAGGUAUUUGGGAGGGUGGGCUGGGAGGUUCAUAUUGAGGGGGAUUUUGUAGUUUAUUUAGGGAUUCAUAUAUACAAAAUGCUUCUGCAUUUUUAAAUAUUAUGUGUUGGAAUUGGUGGGAUUUUCUGAAUUGGCUAUUCUGAUUUCUAGUUUGUAGUAUUUUUUUUUUUUUUU